AUGCAGUGUGCGUCAGACCCAGAGUGGUGGUCCUCCAUUUCCACCCAGACACUCUCCGGCAGUGGGCCCUUCCCACCGCAGACAGGGCUUCCUCUCAGAAACUAUGCCCUGGCAGUGGAGGCGAAUUUGACCAUCUCCCCAUUAGCUCAACGUCACGACUCUGAAUCUCCAUCUUACGACUACAUUUACGAUGGGCGUCGACCUGUGUCCCCUGUGCCACAGGAACAACGCACAGCUCAGCCAGCACCUGCGGGUAACCCACAAGGUUACGAACGUGACGGAGCGCAAGCUUCGGCGGGCCCUGGAAUUGGGAAGGGUGAACGUGCGGGUCGGUGUUUGCCCCGUUCCGGGAUGCUACCGGGAGUCGAACCGGCUGGACCGGCACCUAAAGAGCCACACCGAGCUCUGGAUCUGGAUGAGCCCAAUUCUGAAGGGGAGAAGGAGGUUCCAGCCGAGGAGGAGGUCUGUGAGAACCGGAGCUGCAAGACCAAGGCGUUUCGACUGGCUGCGGAGAACGCAGAUUUGAGAAACCAGGUGGAAACUCUGGCUAGCACACUGAGGGAGGUGUCCCGGCGCUACAGAUCCCUGAAGCGGCAAAGGGUAAAGAAGCCCUCUGAGCAGGUAAAGAGGGUGACAAAGCAGCUCCUGCAAUCGUUCCAGUGGGAGUUCACGGACGAGGAUGAUGUGCAUCCCACUCCACCGACGGAGGGCACCUCAUCACAGCCGACAUCAUCGGCUGUGCUCAGCCCCCAGCUGCACUCCUCCCAGCGCUCCUCCACCCCCCAGCGCUCCUCCACCCCCCAGCGAUCCAGGAGCGAGAGCCCGCCGCACUUCCCCGAGCAUGUGACAUGCUUGAAUGUGCUGCUAAACGAGUACAGGAGGCACCAGGAGGGUCCCGAACCAACCCCUAAGCCGAGGGAAAACGUAGGGGGGAAGAUAUACCGCAUUAAGAACUUUUUGUCCUUCAUGGCCAAAGGAAGGUCAAAGCUCCACACUCUGACCUUCCUGAAUGACAUGGACAGGAUCUGGGGGUGGGUGCACAGCCUGAAGUAAAAAGUCAUAAUCGACACCACGAUAAACCACUACAUCAAAAACGUGGCGCAAUUCAUGGACUACGUGGUUGACACCCCUCCUGUGACCUGUCGGCUUUCGAAAAAGGCGCUGGUGGGAGUCCGUCGGGAGGUCCGGUCUCUAAUUCGAGGGUUGAAGCGGCAGGUCACAGUCCACCAAAUGGCGGUGAAGAGGUCGAAGGACGGGCAGCUAAUUUCCAAGCACACUCUGAUCCGGUGCAGGGAAUUAGCCAAGGCUGCGAUCCCGAGGAUUUUCGACCAGCUGGAGAGAGCCUACUCUCAGAAGACCCAGUUUCUUACCGCCUAUCUUGGGUCCAUUUAUGGACACAGAUGCGGCGUGUACCAAAAUUUGACGAUAAAAGAGGUGGAGGAAGCCGUUCAUUCUGGGGAGGUGUUCCUGAUUAACAUGAGUGCUCUGUCCUAUAAUAUCUCUCUCUCUCUCUCUUUCUCUCUUUAUCCGUGUUCUAGAGACUGCUUCAUCACAUUCUGAUUUCUCUGCAUCUCCUUCAGGUGAACAGGCACAAGACCAACCAGGCCUUUGGACCGGCACAUUUGGCGCUGGUUAAAGAAGAGUACGGGUAGUUUCAGAGGCUGCUGAGCAUUAAAGACAAACUGGUGGGCGGGACUGAGGCAGUCUUCUUCUUCUACACCUCCACCAAGAACCCGUGCAAAAACCUUAAUAAUUACUUCCAGAUGGCGUGGAAGGAGAUGGGGCUGACGGGAACCCCCACUUUCACGGACCUCAGGAGCGCCAUUGCUACGCACGCAAGGAACUCCCACGGGGCGGACGCGCGGCUGAAAAUUUCCAAGUUCAUGUGCCACAACACAUCAACAGCCGACAAAUUCUACGCGGUUAAUCUAAACUGCUCUCAGGCCAUGGAUCACCGCCGCCUUUUCGAGGUGGCAUUGGAGGGACCAGACACCUCCCCAGACAAGGUGGUCAACAAAAAGAGAAAGACGGCGGACAAAGUGCCUUGUUCUUCCAAGCGCAAACGCAGCUCUCCCUGACGCUCCUCGAGUCCUGGGAGCACCACUACGGACGAGGAGGAGCCUGUUUACCAGGAGUCCGGCGUGUCGUCCCUAGACGAGGACGAGGACUUGGAGGAACCCCAGGACUUGGAGGAACCCCGGCCCACACCCAGGAGAAUGCUGCCGAAGAACAAGAGGGCCAUGGUGAUCCUCACACCGUUAAAGUUCCGUCCCCGGGCCAUCCUGACCUCCCCGGUCGGCAGCACCGGGAGCAGCCGCCUUUGCCCCACACCAAAUCGUCCAGCAGCGUCAAGGGUCCGUCUUACAGGCGUCGCAUAAGAAAAACUUACACACCGCUGGGCAUCGCCAAAGCCACGAAGGCUAAGGCAAAGGUCCAAAAGCCCCUAAAGACUCGAGCUAAAAAAAAGCCAAGUAACGGUUGUUAUUGUUGUGUUUUGAAAUUUGUUCAGACAUGUUCAGACAGGAACAAUAGUUAAUUGUUCCUGAUGUGGCCUAAAUGUUCGAUGUUCUCAUGUUGUGUUUUUAAAUUUAUCAGAUGUUCAAUUGUUCCUGAUGUUGCCUAAAUGUUCGAUGUUCUCAUUUUCUGUUUUUAAAUUGUUCAGAUGUUCAAUUGUUCCUGAUGUUGCCUAAAUGUUUGAUGUUCUCAUUUUCUGUUUUUAAAUUGUUCAGAUGUUCAGUUGUUCCUGAUGUUGCCUAAAUGUUCGAUGUUCUCAUGUUGUGUUUUUAAAUUGUUCAGAUGUUCAAUUGUUCUAUGAUGUUUUGUGUUCUUUUUUUCAUUUGAUUCACUUGUAAAUAGUUUAAUUUGAAUCCACUUUAUUCUUUUAAAUUGCUGUUUGGUAACUUUUUGUUUUAAUAAAUGAUGGCCCGUUCAUUUGAACAUUCCUCUCAUGUG